AUUAAAGUGUUUAUUGUCUGACAGUUGAUAACUGAUGAGAGCAGAAACCAUAUGGACUAUAACCAUAAAGAUGCUGUGUUCCAAAAGUUCUCUAAACAACUCUUGAGAAAUUUAGUCUCUAUCGGCGAAAACUUUACAAAAUAAACCCUUAAUCAUAAGCUUUAAUUUCCCUCCAUCAUCUUUAUUAUAUGAGCUAAACGUUGCUUUGAUUAUACAGCCUCCUGGAUUAACUAAUAAAUGUACCUUUAAACCGUAAAAACCUAUAGUUUGCUUACUUAGUGCUACAAUUCCUGCAGAAACUUUAUUCAUGGAAGGACGAUAAAGAUUACACAAUUGAAG